AAUGGAGGAAACACUCUUUCCGGUCGUCCGGUAAGAAUCCGGUGCGGUGUCUCGUUGUGUCUGGUGUUUCUAUGCAUGUUGCACUUGUGAAAUGAUUACGACCGAAGAAGACGCGCCGCCGCUAGACGAACCCGUCCAAAAGGAAGAAGUUGCGCAUUUCCAGGCGCCUGCCAUUCAGGAUAAUCCUGACGGAUGGGGCCCAUGCGAAUUACCGGAUCAGUUUAAGGACAUUCCGUACCAGCCAUUUUCCAAAGGGGACAGGCUUGGCAAGAUAUCCGACUGGACCGGUGCCGCUUUUCAAGACAAGAAAUUUGCCAACAAAUAUGCAUCUCAAUUUGGAUCUGGCAGUCAAUAUGCCUAUUACCAUGACGAAGAUGAAUCAACCUUCCACUUGGUGGACACCACUCGUGUACAGAAACCACCUUAUCAACGUGGUCGUUUCCGUCAAAAUCAAAGAAAUAUGCGCGGCCGGGGUGGUCAGCGUGGUGGUUUGAAUCAAAUGCAACAGCUUGGUAAACUGAAAUUACGAGAGCGUGAACGCAAGGGUCAAACUAAACGUUGGGGUCGUCAGCAAGGUCUGAGGAAUCACAAGAAUCAGCCACCGAUCAAAAUUCGUGAUGCAUCUGUCACUGUAAGACCUGACUGGGUGACCAUCGAGGAGAUGGAUUUCCCUCGAUUAGCCAAGCUGUCGCUUCCUGCAGUAAAAGAUGGAGAGGACAUUCUAUGCUGUGGCUCAUUGGAGUAUUACGACAAGACCUACGACAGAGUUAAUGUCAAGAACGAGAAGCCUUUACAGAGAAUUGACCGUAUCUUCCAUACUGUUACCACAACUGAUGAUCCAAUUAUCCGUAAACUCUCAAAGACGGAAGGUAAUGUCUAUGCAACCGAUGCCAUCCUAGCUACCAUCAUGUGUUGCACUCGUAGCAACUAUUCCUGGGACAUUGUCAUUGAAAAGAUAGGAGACAAGCUUUUCUUCGAUAAGCGUGACAACACCGAGUUUGAUCUACUUACUGUGAAUGAGACCAGCGUUGAGCCACCGCAGGACGAUGGAAAUUCCUUAAAUUCACCUAGGAAUCUUGCGUUGGAAGCAACAUUCAUCAAUCACAACUUCUCGCAGCAAGUACUAAAAUCCAAUGAGCCUCGAUACAAAUUUGAAGAAGGAAAUCCCUUUAUCUCCGAAGAAGAAGAGAGUGACGUUGCCAGUGUGGCCUACAGAUAUCGUAAAUGGGACUUGAACAAUGGCGUCGUCCUUGUAGCUCGUUGUGAACACGACGCAGUAAUGCAGGGUCCUAACAACGAGACCCAAUUCCUCUCCAUCAAGGCUUUAAACGAGUGGGAUUCAAAACUGGCUAACGGAGUAGAAUGGCGUCAGAAGCUUGACACCCAACGUGGUGCUGUUUUAGCCAAUGAAUUACGUAACAAUGCUUGCAAACUUGCCAAGUGGACCGUUCAAGCAUUACUUGCAGGAUCCGAUCAGCUUAAGUUCGGAUACGUGUCUCGCGCUAUGGUCAGAGAUUCCAGUAAACACGUCAUCCUGGGAACUCAGCAGUACAAGCCUAACGAAUUCGCGACCCAGAUUAACUUGAACAUGGACAACGCCUGGGGCAUUUUACGAUGCAUCAUUGACAUCUGUCUCAAGCAGAAGGAUGGAAAGUAUCUGAUCAUGAAGGAUCCCAACAAGCCGAUGAUUCGACUUUAUGAUAUUCCGGACAAUACUUUCGAAAGCGAAGGCGAAGAGGAUGAAGAUGACGACGAACCUGUCAACGACGCCUUUCAGAGUUAACGGAAAGCGUUUCUCGAAGCAUCCAAUACGUAAUAUUUUUUGCGAGAACGUUAACUCAUUUGAAUAUUAACGCAUUGUAAUCUUGUGACAGAAGUGCGCGCAUCACUCCGGAUUCAAUUGUCACGAAUCUUGACGGUAACUGAUAAGGUCGAUUUACCCUUACUGUCGCUGUAAAGACAGGAGGAUUCUUACGGAGAUAAUAAUAAAGGAUUACAGUGAAACGAA